AUGUCUGCACCAAGACUAAUUUUCCGCGCCUUGCGGCCAGUGCCAUCAUCGCACAAGCUCUCGGCAAUUAACCGUUCGUUCGGCACAUCUGCUCUACGCUUCAGCGAUGCCAAAGAUCGCGCUCAUCCCAAUGCCCCCGCCCACCGUGAGACCCAGGCGAAGAAGACGCCGAAUCAAUUCGUACCCAACACUACUUCUACUAUGACCAAGGACUUUCCCAAUGUCGGAAACAAGCCUGCGCCGCCGGAGAUGCUGAACAGCGUUGAUCCCAACUACCUUCCUGCGGAUCCUUACCCCGGAAAGAUUGAGCAUUUUACUGGUGGUCGCCAGGACAAUGGUGCACAGAAGCCUGAGUUGGGUGUUGGCGAGAUGGAAGGUAUUACCUUCAAGGUUGAGCCAUUGAAGCGAGUUGGAGAGGACGCUGUUACCAUGCGUGCUCGGUUAUUAUACCAAAGCCGCAAGCGCGGAAUCCUGGAGUCCGACCUCCUUCUCUCCACCUUCGCCGAUGUCUACCUCGGCAAAAUGUCACUCCAGCAACUCCAAGAAUACGACCGCUUCCUCGAUGAAAACGACUGGGACAUCUACUACUGGGCUACCCAGGACCCGCCCGAGGUUACCGGCGCAAACUCUCCAGCUGAGGACACACUAACGGAGACUUGGAAGGAAACUGGCGCAAAGAGCGGCGAGUGGGCACAGACUAUUGGUGCUUUCCGAGCUGCCUACCGACCAGUUCCCCAGCGAUGGAGCGGAUCUGAGAUUUUGGAGCAACUGAGGGACCAUGUGCGUGAUAAGAGCGCUGUUGGCUUCGAGUCGGCUAAGAAGAAGCGCAACGGUGGAGGUGGUGGAUUGGGCCGUAUGCCCAAUGUUAAGGUUUUCAACUCUUGA